UCGAAAUGUCAAGCCAGUGUUAAAAUUUCCAGUAAAAUGUAAGCACUGAAAAAAUUAUCAACAACUCAACCUUCUCAACUUCAAGCCGAGAAUACAAAAUAUAAUCCACUACGAAAUGCAGUUACUUCACGAUCAUUCCCCCAUUGUUAACAUUAAAGAUCAUAAAAUUAGUAACAUUGGAAACAUGAACGCAAACAUCCGAGCCCCCUCGUCACACAACAUCGAGGUUAACGAGAAGAAAUUUUCGAACGCAUCCCUUUUCUUGAUGAAUCCGGUGGCCAGUGGCGAUAACAUUAUGCUGAAUGACUUGAACAACGGGCUGAAGUUGAAAGAAGAACCGACUCCACAACUUGUGCCGUGUUGUGAAGGGAAGGAGCUGCAGAUCAAUGAAGACUUGGUGCGCAGCGGUUUGUCAGCCAUUUCGGUGAAACACGACAGCGUGAUUCAUUGUAUGAGCAUGUCCAGCGCUUGCGAGAAGAUGCAGAUUCCACCUGGCCUUGUCAAGCACCGUAAUUCGUUCCGCUCGCUGCAUCGUCCUGACUUGAAGCGGGUUCCGUACCUUCGUCGCAUGAAGCCUGAGGAGCUGGAGACACUUUUUCGAGGCUACGCAGACGUACCGCACUUCAAGAAAAAUGAUACUAACAAUCAAAAAGUAACUAUGCACCCAGAUGAAAAUAUUGGGGCAAGAAGUGUACGAGAGAAGACGGUUAUCAAUUUAAAUGAGUGCGACGGUGGUCUGUUACAUCCAAUCCCAGAAACAAGGUCGGGUGCAGAGGACGUGCCAGCAGGCAAGAGGCUUCAUGGCGCACGUGCUCGCCUCUAUACUUCCGUCCUAGCUGGAGCUAAGACUGGUGAUCAGUUGGACAAUGCAUUGGCAAAUGAAGAGUACGACACGAGAGUACCAGAGGACAUAAUUCCCGAAGACGAGGUCCAGUUUAACGAGGAAUUACAAAUUAUUCUCCCUCCACGCUGCGAUGACACUGCAGGCUCUUCUAUCACCAGUUCAGAUACUACAACUAUUUAGCACCAGUUCGGAAACAGCUUACCAUUGCCUCUUUCUUUUUGUAAGGGAAAGAAUGACACCUUUAUAAUGAAA